AUGGCAAUGAAUCCUUCUUCUCUCUCCUUUAUGUUUCUCUCUCUUUGCACUCUCUUCUCUGCAACUUCAGUCUCUUCUUCGACCUCCAUCUCUUACUCCCACCACUGCGCUUCGAUGGUCCCCGAGUCAACCCCAACUGCUCCCUCCACCACUGCAUUCCCAUAUCUCACACCAGUCCUCGUUAAAUACACCGGUGGCGACAGAAUCCUUAACGACACCAAUAUCUCCUCCGAAGCCAAAAAAAACUUCUUGUUUCUUCCAACCCAGAACAUCUUCAAAACCAACACGUCCGGUGUUUACAAGAUCGAAGCGUCCUUAAUCUUCCGAUCAUCAGGCUUUUAUUACCAUGGCAAUCAUACAAGGAGAAACACAUUGAAAUUUGCGUUUGAUGGGUUUUGGUCACAGUACUCUGAGAAGCUAUGUAUGGUAGGCUCGGCUUCUUGGUACUCGAACAGAGGUAAUUUGAUCAAUCUUGAUGCAAUCCUUAAGCUUCACUAUCCUAUGAAUUUGACUAUCUUCAAUAGUUUAAUAACUGGGAAAUUGGAGAGCUUGGCUUCUCUGAAUGAUCCGAAUUAUUUCGAACCCGUUUCACUUUUGGAGUUUGGUUCAUCGAGUUACUAUCAGUAUUCAUCGAGUAAGUAUCAGUAUUCAUUGAUUUCUGGGAAAUUUGUUAGCGAUUGUCGCGGUGGGAUUAAUAUUCCCAAAAAUCAAUCACUUGGUUUAAAUCCAGGAUUGUUAUGUUACACAAGGACGAGUAGGCAAAACGAUGUCUUUAACUUGGAGUAUUUGAAUGAGUGCAGUUCUUUAAAAAAUUGUACUCCUCUUGGUAAGGAUGAUAACGAUGAGUUGCCAAGUGAAAUGACGUUGAAUGCCAUUCAGUGUUCUGAGGAGGAACACAAGGUGCAAUAUGUGAUCAAAUUUGGAUCAGGUUACCAAUACCUAGCUCUUGAUCCCAAUACAGCGCUCGUUGGAGAGGGAUCGUGGGAUGAAAAGAAGAAUCAGCUAUGCAUAGUUGCUUGCCGGUUUUUGAACUCUACCGACUCCUUGGACAAUGCCCGGGUUGGUGAUUGUUCGAUUAGGUUGAGCUUGUGGUACCCUGCUUUCUGGACAAUCAGGAACAAAACAAGUGUUUUGGGCCAGAUUUGGACUAACAAAACUGUUAACGAGUCUGGAUACUUCAAUAGGAUCACGUUUAGAAGUCGCGACAAUAGCAUGGCUGUGGUUCCUGGUUUGAGAUACGAGUACACAGUAACCGAAAAAGUAAAGAAGUCGUGUCCUUUCAACCAGUCGGUUAUUAAGAAGGGCAACAGAUAUCCGAAGUGGAACUCUGACGACUUGGCAUUUAACAUGUGGGUUGAAGAUUCUACGGGGAAUCAUUCUUGGUCUUGGAGUAAAGCAACGCCUAGCUUUUUCGGUGAUCAAAAUUACGUGCUGAAGCGGAACCCAUUUUCUACCCGUACGUCAAUGAAUGACAUGAUUGCGGUUAAGGGAGAGAGUAUACAUCACGGCCCAUUGAAUAUUACCUACACGAUUUCGCCGUAUCAGACUUCUUCAGCUACAUCGGUAAUUUCUGCUGAAGGGUUGUAUGAUGAGGAAACAGGAAGGGUAUGUAUGGUAGGCUGUAGAAAGCUAUCAACAGGUGAAUCUAUGGACUGUGAGAUUCUUUUGAAGUUCCAAUUCCCGCCGGUAAAUGCAAAGGAAGGAGGGCAAAUCAGGGGAAGCUUUGAAAGCAUGAGGGAGGAAAAUGACCCUCUUUAUUUCAAGCAAUGGGAAAUGACUUCAAGGACUUACUAUAGAGAAGAAGCCGAAAGAUCUGUUCAGCGGUUGGAUUUGGAGAUGGUGAUGGUUUUGAUCUCCAGUACACUCGCGUGUGUAUUUUUAGGGUUACAAAUCUUAUACGCGAAAAGGAACCCUCAAGUUCUUCCUUUCAUUUCCUUGGCGAUGCUUCUGUUACUCAUUUUAGGUCACAUGAUUCCUCUUGUGCUAGAGUUAGAAGCUUUGUUUCGAGGAAACCAGAACCAGGAAGACGUAUUGCUUGGGAGUGGAGGGUGGGUCGAAGUGAACAAAUUUGUUGUCAGAGCGCUUACAGUGGUGGCUUUCUUGUUGCAACUCCGGCUUCUCCAACUUGCGUUUGCUGCACGUUUGGGCAACGAAAACUAUAAAGGGUUGUGGGUUGCUGAAAAGAAGGCAUUGUUUGUUUCUACAACAUUGUAUACAGUGGGGUUGCUUUUUGUUUUGUUUCUAGGUACGAGGAAGCAAAAUCACAGCAAAGCAAUAGAUUCUUCCACUUCUGUUGUUCACCACAUACAUUAUAUCCGGAGGGAUUUAAUAUGUUAUGGCGGUUUUGUGCUCGACGGUUUCCUUCUCCCUCAAAUCCUCUUCAACAUUUUCCAAGUUUCAAAGAAGAAUGCUCUUUCUCAUUUGUUUUACAUGGGUACCACUUGUGUUCGGUUGCUACCUCAUGCGUAUGAUCUUCACUUGGCUCUUAGCUCUCCUCGACUCCAAUUUUAUGGGGCAUACAUUCUUGCAGAUCCUGACGCGGAUUUUUACUCCACCUCUUGGGAUAUAGUUAUCUUGUAUGGGGUUGUUUUCUUUGCAGUUGUCAUUUACUUGCAACAGCGAUUGGGCGGGCGAUUUCUUUCCGCAGAUAUCGAGGGAGGAUGUCUAUGA